AUGCCAGUUUCAGAUUAUGACCAGGCGUCUCUUCCGGACCUACUCCCGCUGUACUAUCGGCGCCUGUUCCCCUUUGCGCAGUACUAUCGCUGGCUUCACUAUGGAGGAGUCCAUAAGAAUUAUUUCCAGAAUCGAGAGUUUUCCUUCACCCUCAAAGAUGACAUCUAUGUUCGAUACCAGUCCUUCACCACACAGAGUGAGCUGGAGAAAGAAAUGCAGAAGAUGAACCCAUACAAGAUUGACAUUGGAGCCGUGUACAGCCACAGGCCAAACCAGCACAACACGGUUAAGUCUGGCAGCUUCCAGGCGCUGGAGAAAGAGCUGGUGUUUGAUAUAGAUAUGACUGAUUAUGACGACGUCCGAAGCUGCUGCAGUGCUGCAGACAUCUGCUCAAAGUGCUGGACGUUAAUGACCAUCGCCAUCCGUAUUCUGGACAGAGCUCUGCGAGAGGACUUUGGCUUCCAGCACCUGCUGUGGGUUUACUCUGGAAGGAGAGGGAUCCACUGUUGGGUUUGUGAUGAGGCGGCUCGGAAACUGUCUGUGACGGCUCGCUCUGCAGUGGCCGAGUACCUCAGUCUGGUCAAGGGGGGAGAAGAAACUCUGAAAAAGGUGAUUCUGUCUGACCCAAUUCACCCGUUCAUCAAGGAGUCCCUUUUGGUGGUGGAGCGAUACUUCACCCGAUACGCUUUACACGAUCAAGAAAUCCUCAGUCGUAAAGAGACAUUAGACAAAGUUCUGGCCCUUGUGCCUGAAGAUAUCCUUUUAAAAGAAUUACAACAGGACUUUCAAAAUGAGAAGAAACCAGAAAUCCGCUGGAAAUUGAUAAAAGACCAAGCUCUCAAAAAACAGGCUACCAACAAGAAAGGCCAUCACUUUGAAAAAGAAAUAAUGCUGCAGUAUUGCUACCCACGACUCGAUGUCAACGUCAGUAAAGGCGUCAACCAUUUACUGAAGAGCCCGUUUAGUGUGCAUCCAAAAACAGGUCGUAUUUCUGUACCUAUUGACCUGAAGGAGUUGGAGAAAUUUGAUCCAUUUGCUGUACCCACAAUCAGUUUAAUUUGUGAGGAGCUUGAUCGUCCCAUACCAGGAGAAGUAGAGGAAAAAGUGGAUGACAAGGAAAAUGAAAAAGAUGCAACCGAGAGGCGGAAGAUUAGAGAUUAUAAAAGAACAAGCCUCGCAAAAUAUGUGAAGUAUUUUGACCAGUUCCUUGAUGGUGUGGCGAGGUCGUGGAAAGGAGAGCUUCUCAGAAAGAGUGAUCUGCAGAAAGAAUUUUGA